AUUCAAGCUCUGAAAGUGAACUAAUUAUAUCAGACAAUGAAAUUAAAUCAGAAUCUGAUAAUGAUAAAGGCUUUGAUAGCUCUAAUAAAAUAUAUCUAAAUAGUUUCGAAUAUAUAGAUAACCCUGAUAAUUAUAUUGAAGACAAAGCUUAUGAUGACUUAAAAUUAAAA